CCUAAAAAUCAUUUGUGCAUGACGUAAUCUUACAUGGGGUAGCAGCAACUCAGCCUUUAGUUGUAGGCUUUGUCGUCACGUUUUGCGUUGCUGUAUCGCGGCUAGAUGGCUGGCGCUGCAUCUGGUGGAUGUGUCAUGUCAAGUUGCUUGCUUGCACACUUUGUUUGUCCUUACCUGCCAGGGCCGCAACAUCGGCUCUACAGGUAUCAAAUCGACUCGGAGAGACGCGUGAUAGCCUGUAGAGGCUAUUGCGGUCAUUCGCACAUGUGCUCUAAUGGUAGAUUCCAAAAGGGACACGAUAAGUUAGUGCGCCCUUAGCGGCGCUUCACUUACGGAGCUGGACAUUAUAAGCUUCCCACCGUGUUCAUCAUACAGUCUAUCUCAACGCGUUGUCCAGAGCGAUAACUACGAAAAU